AUGACUCACUAUCGACCCGGCUCCAAACUACCUCAGUCCUAUGAAGAGGAGUACGGUGAAGAUGAUGAUCUGGAUGACGAUGAUGUCGAUGGGUACGAUUGUUUGAGCGAUUAUGACGAAGAUUUGGAGUACACGGAAGGAUCAGAGAAACGAGAAUCCUACGGGCGAUCCCAGCACUGUUGCGACGACUCGGGUAACUCCAAGUCAAGUAGCCGAACCGCAGACUUGCGGCGCCAUCGCAGCAUCAGCGAGGGCUGUCCUCGUGUGGUCGAGCCUUCUGAUGACAACAGGUUUCGGCAUACUUUUAGUCGUUUCUCUGUUUUUCAUGGUGAACGGCAAAUAUUCCUACUUUAA